AUGAAGACCUCAUUCUUCACCUUCACCAUAACCAUUGCCCUUCUUUAUUUCACUCUCCCUCUUUCUAUGUCCCAACGAUGCAACCGGAAAGACGAAAAGACCCUCCUCAGAAUAAAAAAAUCUCUUGGAAACCCUCGUGUUUUGGCCUCUUGGACAAAGAACUCGGACUGCUGUAACUGGGAACAUGUAGAAUGUGACCUCUACAACGACCGAAUUACCUCCUUCACCAUCUUUUCUAGCAACAUUUCCUCUCGGAUCCCCAACGCCAUUGCCAACCUCCCUUACCUAGAAACCUUGAUCUUUCGUAAACUCACCAACCUAACCGGACAAAUCCCUGCAACAUUCACCAAACUCACCCACCUUAAAACACUUACCAUCAGCUGGACUAAUAUAUCCGGUCCAAUACCUUCUUUCCUUGGCCAACUCAAGAGCUUAAAGACACUCGAUUUGUCUUUCAAUAAUUUAAAUGGUUCCAUCCCAUGGGAGCUCACUACAUUGCCAGAUCUUGAAACCCUUCACCUGGACCGAAACAGGUUAACUGGAUCCAUUCCUGAUUCGUUCGGGGCGUUCAGUGGGAAAGUCCCAGCCAUCUAUCUGUCUCAUAACUUCCUUAAUGGAACAAUACCCAAGUCAUUGUCUCAGGUGAACUUUACAUGGUUAGACUUGUCUAGAAACCGGCUCAAGGGAGACAUAUCAGUGUUUUUUGGAGUCAACAAGACCAUUGAAGCCGCUGAUUUUUCAAGAAACUUGUUUGAGUUUAACUUCUCAACGGUGAAAGAGUUCCCUGCAAGCUUGGCUUCCUUAGAUUUGAAUCAUAACAGGAUAUAUGGAAGUUUACCACACACUUUGGCUGGACUCGAUUUACAGAAGUUGAAUGUGAGUUAUAACAGACUGUGCGGCGAAAUUCCAGCAGGGGGAAAGAUGCAAUCAUAUGAUAGCACGGCUUAUUUCCAUAACCGGUGUUUGUGUGGAUCUCCAUUAGAUGCUUGCAAAUAA